AAAGUGCUAAUGUGAUCAAGAUGGAAGCGGUGCGUGGAGCUUUCCUGCCGCUCCGUCUCGCCUGCGCUCUCCCGGCCCGGCCGUCUCCUGGGCCCCGGCUUCUCAGCGUCUGCCCAGAGGCGCACGCUUCUACCAAAGCGACCCGGGACGGCUUAAAGUGUGUUGUUUACGCGACCGUGAUUUAAGGACCGCAGGCAUGUCAGAGUCCGAGCGAUGGAUGGAAGGAUUUUGCGGUGACCCCAAACUCUUGAGUGAUCGUUUUUUAAAGAGAGUCGUUGCAGAUUCUGGAUCUUCUUGCCUUUUAGAUAUCUCAUCGCCCUGGAUGUCCGAUCUACCGCUUUGAAACAGAUUCAUAGGCGUUUGUAUUGGACAACGCUGUGUUUGAAUACAAGCCAGGCAGUAAAGCAAAGUUUUAUUAUUUGAAGUGUGGUGGUGGUGUUGGCGGUGGUCGGUGGGGCUUUUACCUCGGAGGGUCGGAGGUCAAGUCCUGUUGAAGUUGGCUCUUCUCUCCUCAGGAAUAAAAAGGAACGGGCGGAGCUGAGUGUAUCUGGUCCUCCGUUUGGUCACGGCCCAUGGCUUAGCAGCGGAGGAGGUUGUUGACCAUGCCAGUAGCCAUGCGGAAACGGAGCUGGGAGGAGCACGUGACCCAUCGCUCGGGGUUACCGUACAGCUUUGAUGACCUGGACCUGGUCUGCUGUCGUAGCGCCGGCCCCGGCCCCGGUGACGGCUCUAAACACGGCCGCCAGGUGCGUUGCGCGUCCAUGCCGGAGUGCCACCACCACCGGCCGGCGCCGGACGGGAUUCCAAGGGGGAGCGACGCUGCGGCGUCUGUGGUCGGGGACGCAAGACUUCUUUGCGAGACGCGGGAAGUUGCAGUCGGAAAGGUUGACGCUGGCUGUUCAGGGGACGGGCCGGAGGAGAGUGGAGUUCUUGAGUCGCCCGGGUCGCAGUGUCUCCCAGGCUCGCCGAGGGAGGGAGCUUCCAGCCCGGACUCCAAAGAUAGACCAUCGAGCCUCACAGUUAUUAACGGCACAGUCGAUAGUGGUUGUGAAAUCAGUCGUUUUGGAGACAGUACGGAACACGGCGACAGCGAUGGAGUCGCUGACGGCGGUUGCAGCGGUGGCAGUGAUGACGACGUGGUCGCUGGUGCAAAUAUGGUUCCCGAGGAGCCACAACAGCAACCGUGCAUAUCUAUUAGUCUAGACAAUGGGUCUCUAGUGUCCGCGCUUGCCGUUAAUCAGACUUAUGAUUAUUAUGAAACAACGGAGAGCCAAACAGAUGGCCGGGGCGAGCCUUCCGAGCCCCCGGGCGCCACGCUGACCUAUUCUGCUGAACCAGAAUCCGAUGCUGUCCCUCCCAACACCGAGAGACAGGAGGAAAUCUUCCCCGCAUCUCACGCCGGGAUGAAUUGCAGUCUAUCUUCAGGUGAGGCGUGCCGCUUAUCCGACCCGGCGGAAGAUAGCGACGGAUGGCUGCAGGCUAACCGGGUUACGGAGCAGACGGUGACCGAUGCCGCGGAAGAGGAAUGCAGCGCAGCAGGAACAGAACGCAGGAACGUAGAUGCUGUCGAUAAGGUAAAAGGAUUAGAUCUCCCCGCAACACUGGUGGCUGAAAGUCAGGCGGCACCUUCACCUCCGGCGGCGUCAGAGGGACCCGCGGUGGAGGAGGUGGAUCCCAGUUCUGAUAGCCUGGCUUUCCACCACAGUGUGUUAGCGCUGCGUGACGUUGGGAUCGCAGAGAUGGAUCAGAACCGAGAAGAGGAUAGGGCUGAAGUCAACGGCCAGGCUGAAGUCAACCAGAGUUCAUCAACGGCUGGUGGAAUGCAUGUUAAAGUUCAAUGCUGCACCGAGGGAAUCAAUGGCCAUGUGUUAUCUGAACAACAACUGGACAGUGGACUAGUAACAAACACCAUUCAGUGUGAGGAGGAAAAUAUGGAAAACAAGUCCUCUGGGAAUCUCGACGGGAGCCCAGUAUCCCAUGACUUGACCUUUUCAGAGAGCCAAACCAAAUCUCAACCUGGACCGCUAGAGAACAGCGUGUCAAAACUGGACACGAUUCUCGAGUUUAACUCUUCCGAGUCGGACGACAAUCCAACGCCGAAGACACCCACGAAUAACGCCUUGAGUCUCGCCGACGCGCCAUUGGAUCAACCACCCACCAAUAUGGACUCAAAGCAAAACACCACCACCCUCCAGAGACCUCAGACAGAGGCUUCAUCACGGGUGGUGGAGGAUGACCUCACACCACAUGGACUCCCUGGCAACCGAGCCUCUGGCUGUUACCUAGGUGAGCCACCUGCCCGCGAUGGGCCAGAUGGUCAGAGCAAACACCGCGGCUCAGACACCACAUGCUCCACAUUUGAGGAGAUGGAGGAGAAGGAGGCAGCGCAGGCGGCCGCUGCACAUUGCGGCCCUCAGGGGCCGACUUCUGGUCCCCACGAGAUGAGUGAUUCUGAGGACCUGAAGGAUGACAGCGCGGUGAAGAUGCGGGUUAAAAAGCGGGAUAGUUCCCGCCUGGACUCCAUGGUGCUGCUGCUGAUGAAGCUGGACCAGUUGGACAAGGAGAUUGACAACGCUCUCAGUGCCACCUCUUCCAUGGACAGCACCCCCACCCCACGCAGGAGACACCUGGAUAUGGAUCCAGGGUCUCAAACUGGCAACCCUUCCCAGGAGACCCUUGUAUCUGCUGCUCCAUCGAAACCCCAUCUUGGCGCCAAACCCAAGACAUCGAACACCUCUGCGUCUCUGAACAAGGAAAAAGCAGAGAUAGAAGCCAAGGAGGCGUGCACCUGGCUGAGGGCUGCAGGGUUCCCCCAGUACGCACAGCUCUAUGAAGACGCCCAGUUCCCGAUCGACAUCUCCUCCGUCACCAGAGAUCACGACUUCCUGGACCGAGACGCCAUCGAGGCGCUCUGCAGGAGGCUGAAUACCCUCAACAAAUGUGCUCUCAUGAGACUAGAGAUAACGCCACAGAGAAAGAGAAGCGAGGACUCAGAUGAGGACGAGCCCUGCGCCAUCAGCGGUCGCUGGACCUUCCAGCGGGACAGCAAGCGCUGGUCCCGCCUGGACCAGGAGCUAGACGUCUUCUCCUCCCUCACCGGCCUGGAGUUCUCCUCCCAGCCCCACGACCAGAGCUGCUCCGCCGCCGCCGCCGCCGGCACCACGCCGGCGUCCCUGCGGGAGGGCCACAGCUCGGAGAGCGUGCUGACGGACCUCAGUGAGCAGCCCGAGGGGGGCUCCAUCCACAGCGGCGGCAGCGUGAGCGGCGGCGCCGGCAGGGCGGGCGGCGACGACAAGAGCCGCGCCGGAUCGGCCGGCCCGGCGCGGGCGUCGCCGGCGGCGGGCGCCACGCGCGCCAGCUCGGUGGCGAGCAUGUGCUCCUCGUCCGGCACCGGCGGCUCGGGCUUCGCCAACGAGGACUCCACCUCGGACGGGGGGCCGCCGCCGUCCCCGCUGGAGCCGACAGGACAGUUCACCUUCGACACGCGCGGCGGGACGGGCCGCCUGGGCAGCCUGGACCGGGCGGGGGGCGGGGCCGAGGACGACGGCCUGGGGGGGGGAGGAGGAUCAGGAGGCGGUAAGAGCACGCGCUCCCGAGCCAAGAGCUUCCUCAAGAGGAUGGAGAGCCUGCGCCUGCGCUCGGCCUCUUCCUCCUCCUCCUCCUCCUCCAAGAGGAAGAAGAAGCCGAGUGGCGGCAAGCUGGACAUCAGCGGGCCCGUGGCGCGGCAGGGGCUGGACGACGAGAAGCUGGCCCACAUGAACUGCGUGGACAUCGCCAACCUCAACCACCGCAACCCGGCGCAGACCAUGACGCUCAACCGCAACCGCGGCGUGCCCUACUCCACGCAGAACAGCAACGGCAGCACGGGCAGCACGGGCAGCAGCCAAUCGGAGGCCAGCAGCGGCAGCACCGUCAGCACGCCCAGCCCCGUGACACGGGCGCGCAGCCACAGCACGGCGGCCGGCUCCACCAAGCGCGGGGGGAUGUACCUGGAGGGCUUCGACCCCUUCAGCCUCCGGCAACAGUCCAAGACCUCCGUCGCCGCCGCCGCCGCCGGGACCGCCGGCUCCACGCCCCCGACCCCCCAGUCGGCCCCGUCGGCGGCGGCGGCGGCCCCCGGCCCGGCCGGCUCCGGCCCCCGGGUCAGCGAGCAGAACCGCAGGAACAACCGCGGCGACAGCGUCGCCAGCCAGCCACCGGCCGUGGAGGAGGAGGAGGAGGAGCAGGAGCGCGUCAUCUUCUUCUUCCUCCCCGAGGGCCACAAGCCCGGGACGUUCCCCCGGGCCCUGCAGGACGGCAGCUGCAACAACAACAACAACGAGGACAGCAACGCCAACCCGGUGGUGCUGCGGGGCGGCCGCCCCAGUCGCCGGCGGCAACGCCACGGCUCGGCGGGCUCGGCCGGCUCCGACGGCCGGCUGAGCUUCUACGACAACGUGCCCCCCCGCCGGGACGAGGAGGAGGAGGCGGCGGACGGACGCAAGCUGGACGAGGUGCUGCAGCGCGUCAGCGGCAUGCAGCGCUUCGUCAACGCCUGGUCCGACGCCGUCGCCGGGGGGGAGGAGGAGGAGGAGGAGGAGGAGGAGGACGAAGAGGAGGACGAGGAGGACGAGGAGGAGGGAGACUCGGACUCUGCGCUGGACUCGGCGUCGCCGUGCCCGUCCUCCCCACUGCAGAACCGGCUGGAGGAGCACGGCAGCGACCAGGACAGCACAGGGAACCCCCUGGGGGAGGGCGAGGAGGGGAUGCGGGAGCGGAGGGACUCGGGCGUGGGGGCGUCGCUCACACGCACCAACAGGCCUCAGAAGCUGCGCUGGCCUAGCUUCCAGAGCUCCCACCGGCCCAGCCAGGCGUCGGCCCAGCUCCAGAUCGGCUGCCAGUCGGUGCUGCAGAUGAACCUGCUGCAGAAGCUGUCCCUGCUGAAGCUCACCGCGCUGCUGGAGAGACACACGCCCACCAACAAGCACGGCUUCAGCUGGGCUGUGCCUAAGUUUAUGAAGCGGGUGAAGGUGCGUGACUACAAGGACAAGAACGUGUUCGGGGUGCCUCUGCAAGUCAACGUCCAGCGGUCCGGACAGCCCCUCCCCCAGGGCGUCCAGCAGGCCAUGCGGUACCUCCGCAACCACUGUCUGGACCAGGUGGGUCUUUUCCGGAAGUCAGGCGUUAAAUCUCGUAUCCAAGCGUUGAGGCAGAUGAACGAGGCGUGUGGCGCGGACGGGGGAGGAGUCAGCUACGAGGGCCAAUCGGCUUACGACGUCGCAGACAUGCUGAAGCAGUACUUCCGGGACCUUCCGGAACCCCUGCUCACCAGCAAACUGUCCGAGACCUUCCUCCAGAUCUACCAAUACAUGCCCAAGGAGCUGCGUCUGCAGGCGGUGCGCGCGGCGGUGCUGCUGCUGCCCGACGAGUCCCGUGACGCGCUGCACACGCUGCUGUGCCUGCUGAGCGACGUGACAGCCAGCGUGGGCGAGAACCAGAUGACGCCCACCAACCUGGCCGUGUGCUUGGCGCCCUCGCUCUUCCACCUCAACACGCUGCGCCGCAAGGAGAGCUCCUCGCCCCGGGUGAUGAACAGGAAGCCGACCCUGGGGAAGCCCGACCAGAGGGACCUGAACGAGAACCUGGCGGCCACCCACGGCCUGGCCCACAUGAUCCAGGAGUGCAGGAAGCUCUUCCGGAUCCCCGAGGAGAUGGGCCGCUGCAGGGACUCGUACGUGGAGCAGGCCCUGCUGCCCCGGAGGCUGGAGGAGCUGGGCGGGGCCGAGGGCGGGCCGGGGGGCUACCGGGACUACCUGCAACACAGCCUGGACGCCCUGCUCAAGGACGCCAAGGACAAGUUCAAGGGUUACGACAGCUUCUCCACCCCGGAGCAAGCCGAGCUGGCCUACAAGAAGGUGCAUGACGGCUCCCCCCUGCGGCUCUGGAAGGUGACCCUGGAGGUGCCGGCGGGGCCCGAGGAGGUGCUGACCAGGGUGCUGCGGGAGCAGGGCCGCUGGGAUGAGGACCUCGUGGAGAGCAGGGUGCUUGAGACACUGGACGAGAGGACAGAGGUGUACCAGUACGUCCGGGCCAACAUGGCCCCCCACCCCACCACGGACCACCUGGUGCUCAGGACGUGGGUGACCGACCUCCCUAAAGGCGCGUGUGCCCUGGUGUGUACCUCCGUGGAACACCAGGGGGCGCCGGCGCUGGGCGUGCGCGCCAACGUGCUGACGUCGCGCUACUUCAUCGAGCCCUGCGGAAACAACAAGUCCCGCCUCACGCACAUCUCCAGGACCGACUGCAGGGGUCGAUUCCCAGAGUGGUACAACAAGCUGUACGGACACCUGUGUGCAGCAGAAGUGGUAAGAAUACGUGACUCCUUCACCGUACCGAUGGACAAGUGAAACAGGAGCCCAGAUCUCUUCCCUCCAAACGGGCCUACGCACAGCCUGCCUCAAAGCCCUGGAGGCAACGCCCCUGUUGUUUGGACUGAAGGACUUAUCUGUCUGUGCGUCAAAAUAUCUUUUCUUCGUCCAGGGACAAUUUAUCCUGGAACUUCUCAAGAACUUAUACAGUGGAAAGUUCCGAGGAGGACGGAUAUAUUUCUUGGAGGGAAAUAAAUAUGGGCCACAGGAUAUGACAUCACGGACACAGGAAGUGAGGGUUCAAACCUUUGACCAAAGGGUGCUAUUGCUUCUGAGAAGCAAAGGGGGGAUAUUUUAUCUUAUGUGUAUGUGUGUGUGUGUGUGGAAGCGAGCAUGCUUAUGAUUGAGUUUGUUGAGGCAUAUGUUUCAAGUCGCCAAAUGGAUGCACGUAUAUAUGAAUAUAUAUUUUCUUUUCCUUGCACUGUCUUCCAGGUGCAGUAUAGCAUGUAGAUACAGUACUCUGAAACAGUCCACAAUAUCUGUGUAUCUUGUCUUGUGUUCCAUACGUCCCUUCUUCUGUUUCAGCGAAGCAUAGAUUAGAGAGAGAGAGUGAAAGAGAGACACCGUACAUCAUCGAUCGAUUGAGGGGUGGCACACAUUUGCUGCCGAUGCCCAUUAUGGGAUGUAGAAUAAAGAGAGGAUGUUGCUAGGUGACGGCAGGUGGUUAGAAUGAAAACAAAGUAUUGGUGGCUGGUUCACAAAUCACAAGCAAUGUUUUAAGAAUGGACCUUAUUUGCCAAGGGGCAAACAGUUGUAAUCUGCACGUGCAAAUUCACACAAAACAGGAUGAGCAGCUGAAAAGCUUACAUUUGUCUUUCGUCUGUUGUGUUUCCGUCAUAAUUGUCAGAUCCUUUAAAUACCGAUUGUUGUAGUCGUAUUUGUAGUCACAGAAAUAUUUGUGAAUGAGGGCCCCGAUGUUUGCCCAAUCAAAAGUUGCGUCCAUGCAAUCAGGAAAACGUAAAAGCAAAGACCACAAAUUCUGAGGGACUAAACAUGGAGAAAUGGAAAUAGAAUAUAGAAUAUUGUAGAUACAUGUUGGAAGAGAAAACACAGCGUUACCAAUGAUAACAAUGUGAGGAAAAUUAACUCACAGAUGUUAUAAGCACAGCCAAAUCUCACGUAUUUCAAGUAGUUUGUAGACGGAAAUAAUCUCGUGCAAAACAAAAUAUUCCUUCAUUAGUAUUUUGUUCAUAGGGAAUAUGGAAAUGACAAACAGCUGAAUGCACUGUUAACUUGCAAAGGAAAUCUCACGCUGGCCGUUAAAGAAAGAACGAGGCAGGUCACACAGGGAGACGGUCCUUUUAUAAAGGUGUCAGGUUUACAGGUUUUACUGUAAGGAAGAGAGGGCACUGGGAAUGUUAGUUUUGCUUUUGAAAAAAGAAGGAACAUUGGAUCUAUGCGUAAGCUUGUUUCUCGUGUCAUGUUUGUCAGUGUUCACAUGAAGUAUUUAAAUCCUCAUAACAACCUUUAUCCUGUGAUUGAUGUGUGUAUUCCAGUCUGAGGCGUCACUGCUUCCAGUUUGUGCGUUGUGUGAUUAAUUUACUAAGCCAUUGUUCAUAUCAUGUACAUUGAUAACACUCGCAACCAAAAGAGUGUAACGCAUGACAAUGACAGUUAAUUUAAAGUAAAUGUAUUUAUACCUCAGAUAAAUGUUUUGUUUUUUGUAUCAUACCAUCUUAUUUUAUUGUAAAUGUUAAGUUCUAUGUUACAGAAAUGAACAAAUGUUUUAUCUUUUUUAUUAAUAUUAUUUCUGUACAGGUUAAUCACAGUGCACUAUUAAAUGUAUUAAAAAAAACACUGUUGUCUUAUGUUGAUACUAAUCUCUUGUCUGGGAUAAAGAGCAGAGAUAUUUAAACUUCAAAAGACCAUAUUAAUAUUGUUUUUAGGCUAGCAUGGCGGACUAUUGCUUAAUAGGCUUUGAUUAUUUUAAGGCUUUCAGAUACAAGGAAAAGCCAAAUCCAACAUUUUCUAUCUGGCUGUUAAUCAUGGAACUAACAAUCAAGCACUUUAAUGGAUUAUAUUGGCAGGCAUUACAGGUUUGUCUGGGAGACGAGGCCACAAAACAAGGAGAACAUUUAUAUUUAAUAAACAUCAUAACCACAUUCAUUUUAAACCACCAACUGGAAACCGACUGAAGGGUGAUUUUACCUAAACAAAGACAUUUUAAGUGCAUUUUCAAGCACAAAGAUUCAAAUAACACCAAAGACAAUACCACU